AUGGAGGAGGCCCCGUUCCCCGGGCGGGCUGCUUCGGGCGACUGGAGCUCGAAGCUGCAGGCGCUGAAGCUGCGCAUGAAGAAAGCAGGAGUUGCUGUUGCUGCUGCUGCUGCUGCUGCUGCUGCUGAGGGGGCCCCCCAAGAAGCAGCUUUGGGCUCUCCCGGGGCCCCCCCUCCUGCUGCUGCUGCUGCUGGAGCUGUGACCCCAGCAGCUCCUGCUGCUGCUGCUGCUCCUGCUGCUGCAGCAGCAGGGGGCCUUGCGCGAGACGGCCGCCUAAAGCCGCCUCCAAUUCAGAGGCGGCAAGUGCAGCAGCAGCAGCUGCUGCAGCCUGCGCCGCAGCAGCAGCAGCAGCAGCAGCAGCGAGGGAACCCCGUCAAGAAGGUCCCAGGCACUGCGCAGGGGCGGCUGCUGCAGCAGCUGCAGCACGCGCUGCAGCAGCCGCCUCCUUCCCUCGUGCAGCAGCAGCAGCAGCUGCAGCAGCAGCAGCUGCUGCUGCAGCGGACGUCAGCUCCUCGAAUGGCCUCUACCCCAGCUGGCCGGGCACCUUCGCCUGGCUUUGAGUCCAUGUCUGCUGCUGCUGCUGCUCCAGCUGCAGCUUCUGCUGCUGCUGCUGCGUCUCCCAGCUUUGCUGCUGCAGCAACAGCAGCACCUGCUGUGUCGCAGUCGUUUGCUGCUGGCAGCAGCGACUUCGAUGCGCCAAUGUCCUUUGAAGAACUGAUGCGGAGAAAGCGGGAAAAGGAGCAGCAGCAGCAGCAGCAGCGGCAGCAGCAGCAGCAGCAGCAGCAGCACCUACAGCGGGAAGCAGGCAGCAACACCCCCCGGCGGCUUUCUGACCCCACAAGCUCUACAGCACAAGCAGCAGAUCCGAAGACCAGGCGGCAGCAGGAUCUGCAGCAGCAGCAGCAGCAGCAGCAGCAGCCUCAGCAGCAGCAGCCACAGCAACAGGGGACGCAGGUAGGGCAGGUGCAGCCAGGAGUCGCCCAGCAGCAGAACAAGCUGCAGCAGCAGCAGGCACAGCAGCAGCAGCAACAGCAGCAGCAGCAGCGCUCUGUGACUGCGAAGGUUGCAGCGCAGCCGCAGAGGCCCAUAGCAGCAGCAGCAGCAGCAGCAACACCAGCAGCAGCAGCAGCAGCAGCACCAAAAACCGUGCCAGCGAGACAGCCGUUACAGCAGCACAUGCAACAGCAGCAGCAGCAGCAGCAGCAACAGCAGCAGCAGCAACAGCAGCAGCAGCAGCAGCAACGGCGACCCCCAGCUCAGCCGCAACAGCCACAGCAGCAGCAGAAGCAGAGGCCUGCGGCGCAGCAGCAGUGGCAGCAGCAGCAGCAGCAGCAGCAGCAGCAGCAAAUGCGACAGCCUGCACCGCCUCCACCGCUGCAUCAGCAGCAGCAACAACAGCAGCAACAACAGCAGCAGCAGCAGCUACAGCAGCAGCAGCCGAAAUCUGGUGCAAUCUCCCCUGCUGCCAAGGCGUCGCCUACUGUUCACCUCGUGCAGCCGCAGCAGCAGCAGCAGCAGCAGCAGCAGCAGCAAUUACAGCAUCCGCAGCAGCAGCAGCAGCAGCAGCAUCCGCAGCAGCUGCAGCAGCAGCUUCCUGGUGCUGCAGCGCUUCCCCAGCGGCAGCAGCUUCCUGCAGCAGCAGCUGCUGCUGUUUCCCGUCAACAACCUGUGAAGGCCAAAGCUGCAGCAGUACGUGCUGCACCAAAGGCUGCAGCAGCAGCAGCAGCAGCAGCGCCGGCAGCAGCAGCAGCAGCAGCACCUCCAGUAACAGCAGGGGUGCGCCCAAUAGCCGCAGCAGCACCUGCAGCGGCAGCGGGACCUCGACCAGCAGCAGCACCCGCUGCAGCAGCAGCUGCUGCAGCAGCACAGGGGAGGCCCCAAAUGUUUAAGGCAGCAGCAGCUGCUGCUCCUGUGUCUCAGUCAGCUCCUGCUGCAGCACCUCCUUUGGCGGGCGCAGCAGCAGGAGCACGGCUGCACCCGCAGCAGCAGCAACACCAUCAGCUGCAGCAGCAGCAGCUGCAACAGCAACAGAGGCAGCAGCAGCUUCAACUGCAGCAGCAACAGCAAAGGCAGCAGCAGCUGCAGCAAAAGCAGCAGCUGCAGCAAAGGCAGCAAGCUCCCCGCACAACUGCAGCAGCACCUCCGGUCCCUCCCUCGCCUGCCUCUUUGCCUAAAGCAGCAGCAGCAGCACCUCAGCAGCAGCAGCAGCAGCAGCAGCAGGCUGUUUUGCCAGCGCAGCAGCAGCAGCAGCAGCAGCCUGUGCGACCCUUGCAGCAGCAGCAAGCAAAGAUGCCCCCGCAGGCGCCGCCUCCGCAGCUGACAGCACCUCCAGUGAAGCAGCAGCAGCAGACAGCCAAAGCUGUGCCCAGGCCUCAGCAGCAGCAGCAGCAGCAGCAGCAGCAGCAGCAGCCGCGUGCGCCAGUGACAGUUGCUGCUGCUGCUGCGCCGCAGCAGCAAAAGCCACGAGCCGGUUUUCCGCCACAGCAACAGCCGAGCGCUC